AUGUCCUUUUCUUUGUUUAAAAUGUCUUUUUUCUUACCUAGGUGUAUUUUUAGAUGCCCUCUGCAUUGUCGAACAGACUACCUUUUCUUUGUCUACGGGUGGGGAAGUAUCAGUGGCUCCUCAAAGAGGAUCAACCACAUUACAAAAAGCUUUCAAACGACCGCGUUUGCUGUCGACAAUUCAUAUUGUUUAACACGAAGCUACAGUCCAGGGGUUGGUCUUGAUUUCUCUGUUCAUAUACGUUUUUAUUUUUUUUCCUUUCUCUCUCUCCGCUGUCACCCCCUCUCACUCUUUCUUUCUUGUUUUCUUCCCCCUCUCAUAUUUUCUUUCAUCCUUUUCUCUUUCAAUCUUUUUACUCUUGGAUAUUUUCUCUUAGAUUUGAUUUCUAUAUUACUAUUCCUAUUCUUUCUUUUUAUUCUUUCCUUCUUUCUUUUCACUCUCAUUGUCACCUGCUCUACCACUCUCUUUCUUUCUUUCUUUCUUUCUUUCUCUCUCUUUGUUAACUCACAUUUUUACUUUCUCUCUCACUCUCUUCGUCGUCUCUUUACACUUUGGUACUUUGUCUUUCUUUCCACAUCUCUAUUACUAUGCUCCUUAUAUCUUACCCUCUUUCUUUUUUUCACUCUUACAUUCUUUCUUUCUUUCUUUCUUUCUUUCUUUCUUUCUUUUUCUGUCUUUCUUUCGUUUUACUUUCUUUCUUCCUUCCUUUCUUUUUUCUGUCUUUCUUUUUACUUUCCUUUUACUCUCGUUCUUUCUUUCUUUCUUUCUUUCUUUCUUUCUUUCUUUCUUUCUUUCUUUCUUUCUUUUUCUUGUCUUUCUUUCCUUUUAAUUUCUUUCUUUUUUUCUGUCUUUCUUUCCUCUUUCUUUCUUUCUUUCUUUCUUUCUUUCCUUUUACUUUCUUUCUUUCUGUCUUUCUUUCUUUCUUUUUCAUCAUUAGCCACUACCUACCACAGCUUCAUUUUCCCCUCUAGGCCCAUUGAUAUCCACAAGUCAUUCUCGGUUCUUCACGUUUCUACUUCUCCACAAAUAAAACAACCCAGUUUUAGAAAAUGGCGGUGUAAUAUUAAUAAAAGAAAUACUUCUUUGAUCUCUUCGGCGCAUUGA